CACUUUGGUUGUCGUAGUGGCAGAAGGCAAUGAGAGUGUUUCGAGACAGCUGACUUGUCUACCUUGAAAGCAAUGUCUCCCGGUUUUAGGCAUAUAGGUCAACUUAGAUUAUGAAAUGCCCUUCAGGUCGAACCCUAACUAGUUUCUUAUUUUCCACUAUGGCCAGUUUCAUUGUGACUUCGUGAAAUUUGAGUGUUUUGGUUGGAUUCUCGAGAACGCCAUUGCUGGCAGAAGAGUUUUGACGGGAUUCUGACACAACAUAUGCCAGCAUGGCUGGCGACAACAAGCAGACGAGGGAAACCCUCACAGUUCUCGGGUUGUGUUUGCUCCUAUACAUUGUCAGCAGCAGCAACAAUGUUAUCGGAAAAUUACUACGUGAUUUUCCCUUUCCUAUGACAGUAACCAUGGUGCAGCUAACCUCUAUAUCCCUAUAUUCUGGCCCUUUCUUUAGACUGUUGGGAGUUCGCAGAUUUGUAGACAUUAGUUGGCGCUAUUACUUUAAGAUAAUUGUCCCUCUAGCUCUUGGUAAAUUUUUGGCCUCAGUACUCAAUCAUGUCAGCUUGUGGAAAAUCUCUGUUUCCUAUGCGCACACAGUCAAAGCUACAAUGCCACUCUUUACUGUGGUCUUGUCACGAAUAAUUAUGGGAGAGAGGCAAACUGGAAAGGUUUACUUAUCACUUGUCCCAAUUAUUGUUGGUGUGGCGAUUGCAACCUUGACCGAACUGUCAUUUGAUAUGGCAGGCUUAAUAAGUACUUUAACAGCUACUUUAGGGCUCUCCCUUCAAAACAUAUUUUCUAAGAAGGUUCUCCAUGAUUCCGGGAUGCACCACUUACGCCUUCUUCACAUUCUUGGCAGACUUGCCUUAUGCAUGUUUUUGCCUUUGUGGUUGUACUUUGAUUGUGCCGCCGUUUUGAGCCAUCCCAACCUUUUCAAGGGUGGCAGCUACAGAACCCUGAUUCUCCUCUGGGCUGACGGUGGUCUCAACUGGCUACAGAAUGUUUUGGCAUUCAGUGUGAUGUCACUUGUAUCGCCUCUGACUUACGCUGUCGCUAGUGCAUCCAAGCGCCUAUUCGUCAUUGGUAUAUCACUCUUUAUCCUGGGCAACCCUGUCACAUCAGUGAAUGUUAUUGGCAUGAUGAUGGCAGUGUUCGGUGUCCUCCUUUACAAUAAGGCUAAAUAUGAUGCAAGACAAGCUGAGAAGAAACAAACAGUCCUUCCAAUGACUCAACGUCUACAGAGUCACAAGGGAUAUGUUAGCCUUCCCAGCUCUCCUCAGCAUAAUUUAAAUUAUCUUGACCGAAGCACUAAUGGUAACAUCAGUUCAAUGCGACCCUAUGCUGGUCCGAAGGAAAAUGGUGUAGGUAAUAUCCUUACAAAUGGUUGGGCAGACCACAGCAAUGUUCAUAUUCAUCCUCCUGUUAAUAAUAAUGUAGUUGGCAAUGGUUAUGCAAACAGGGAAAAGAAACUUUCCAAACCCAAUAUUUUGUUUGUAUGAUGUCACCUUCUUUUGACUAAGUUCAAUAUUAUAGGUUUUAAUUUAGUGUUUAUCUGAAAAUUGCUGUCAUGCAUUAUACUAUCUGCCAUAGAGCAGUAAUUCUUUUACCUUAAAAUGAUGUCAGCUUGUCUAUAAAACACAUAUUGUAGAAGUUUUGUUUUAAAUUUUAUGAAGUAAUCUUCCUAGUCAGUGUUCAUGCUAUUUGCGCAAGCAUCAGGGUUGCAUGAACACACCUAGCUAGAAAUGUACCUAGGUAGUUUAAGGAAGAGUUUAUUUUUAUAUGAAUUUAUGAAUAGCUAAAAAAACGGCUCAAUGUGACUCACUAACUACUAAGCUCAAACUGAUGAUAGAUCUGGUUGCACAAAAGUCAGCCUUGGUUUAUAAAGUAAUGAAAUGUUUAUAUUAAGGCAGUAGAGUUUGUGGCUUAAUUUAAGAUCAUUUUUUAAAUUGCUUACCUUAAGGUGUUAAAACUGCAUACUGAUCUUCUAUGGAGAUUUAAUCACUUGCUUGAUAUUCCUGCUGUAAUGCUAAUUAUGUUUCAUUUGAAAGAAUUCACGCAUUUCAAGCCAGGCUCGUACCCAGGAUUUGCCUGUGGGGUCAUGUUGCACCUGCACAUUUUGCCUACUUACAGGUGGAUUGCACUGCAAAGUGGCUAUCUUCAGGACCCUUUUGGUGGGGUUCAUGAUCUUGUUGGCCCACCCUGGGUUCGUGCCUGUUUCAUGCAAAGUACUCAAAACUGUUGUAAGGCAUACAUAGUGCAUGUGAUGUAUUGUCUGUUGUUAGAGUUGUCAAAAUUUUAUUUAGUUGUGUUCGUUGACUGAUGCCCUUAUAGUGAUAAGGUAACACAGUUUUAAAAAAUUACCAGAAGAUGUUUCUUUCUCUUUUGUGUAAGAGCUUAUUUUAUAGUUUAAAUGCCAGCUUUGCACAAAAUAAUUUUCUUGCCUUCAGUUGAGUUGUGAACCAGAUAAAGAGAACAUAUGAUAUGCAGCUAAUUCAGUGAAUUUCUUGUUUCUCUGUAGGGUUGGUUCAAUUUUUUCUGUUUUACUGUAUUAUGUUACUGACUUUCUGUUUGUGAUAAAUGUUUGAUCUGUUUUCUGUGGGGUCAUAGUUUCUAAUUUUAAGGAAGAAAAGAAAAUCUGCUUGGUUUCAUUGUAGUUUUUGGUUCUGUUGUUUCAACAUUGCUGAUUUAUCUAACUUUGAACAUCAAGGUAUAAUCCAAACAAGGGUAAAUUUCAGAUUUAAGCAAAGGAAAAUCUAUUGUUUUAAAUCUUUUAUUAUUAAAUCUGUUAUUCUGCACUAGGGACUAGGGUAUAUCUUAUUUUAGAUUGAAGCAUUGUUUGCCAUUGAUUUUGAAAGUGAGUGCUGGUGUCGUUGGUGUGUAAUUUCAGUCCUAUCGCCAUAUUUAUUCUUAGCUUUUUGAGCAGUGCUUCGCCAUCUGCUACAGUAUUGAAUUGUUGGGAAUAGUUUGAGAAAUCAAACAUAGGAAAGUACAAAUUUGAUAUUCAAAUAUUUUGUAUGUGGCCUACAGUCUUGUCUCAAUGAACCCAGUCUUCUCCAAAGAUCCAAUGUUUGCCAGUAUUAACUUUCGUUUUUCCUAUAUUUAAUCUAAAUACGAAGUUUAUCUGUUUCUUUUCAAUGAAUCAAUGCCAUCACCCAGGGCUCUGAUAAUAAGCACUUGUAACCACUAAAGUAGUGGUUAGUGAAGCACUUUAUUGCCUUUAUUGAUUUUAGAAAUUUACUAAAGAUUAGGCGCUGCACAUUAUCUGGUGUGUUUAGUGAUGUGAAUGUAAAUACACACUGCCACUGGGUGUGACAACCAAAGAACCUAAAGUCAGUGUACCCAUUCAACGAUUGCACUCAAAUGGAGUGUAUGUGAUAUGCCCUAAGUGUUAUGUAUCUAAACUAAGCUUCCCUCUUGUCUUAAUGUAGCAUGAACCUGCAUUUCAAAUCAUUGUGUGGGUUUCUAUUUUUUACUCAUGAGACUCAAAUUCCUGAUUUGUGUUUUAUCAUUCAUUUCAAUGCAAUCAUUUUUAGUGUUGUUAUUCUUGGACUCAAGCACUGCACUUUGAAGUGUUGGUUCUUAGGCACCAUUUCCUUGAUUUUUCACUGCAUUCAUUCAUCACUCAUAUUAUUUAUGAAAUUGUGAUCUUUCACUUCAAACAUGUUGUUCAUGUGGAGACUGCUAUCAAGUACAAGAGGCACAUUAGAACUGACAAUAUAGCAGGUAAUAAUGUGGAAGUGUAGUUAUAAGGCAUUUUAUACCUUGGGGCGGGCUUACUACUUAAUUAAGCUCCUGUAAAUUCUCUUUUGUUCAUGGGACAUAUGAUAAUAAAGCUAGCUAAGUUUUAAGAACUUGUGCAAUAUGUGGCACUGAGUCUUCCUUAAAUCAUUUACGUAUUGAAAAGACAUUAAGAGACUCACUGGUCAAGGACUUGUAUGAUGUUAUGACGAAUUGCUCAUGAAAUGAGAGUGACUUCUGUGGAGAAGCUAUUUUCCUACACAGUCGUUAUUGGUUUUAUACUCAGAGAGACGGUACUGUAUUGUAUUAUGAACGUAAAUGUAAUUCUCCCUCCUUGCUUAGGCUUUAUAUUUUGGCAAUGUUGUCUCGCCAAUGUUUGCAAGUUUUGCAGUUUUUGCUCCUGUUAAGUUUUUCCUAUCUGUAGUAAUUUAAAAUUAAAAGUAGACAUUUAAAGAAAAAGCAUUUAUAUAUUUUAAUUAUGGCAAUCGGCAUGCACUAUAUUCUCAAGUGUACUGCUCCUGGGCCAGUGCCAUUAUUUGUGUUGAAAAGUCUUUAGUAAUCUAAUUUAUUUUACAUUUUUUUCAAUUAUGAAAAUUUUGUUUAUGUUAACUAAGAUUUCACAAAAUUGUUUCUGGAUGUAGUCAGUGCAUUGUGUGACUUCUUUCUUUAAAUUUUAGUUCAAAAUUUAAUAGUUUUUUCUUUUUUGUGUGUUGUGUGGCAAUUUGUUUGUUUAAAAUUCUAUACAAAGGAAGAGUGUUGACAAUUAUAAAAUUGUUAUGUCUAGCGACAAUAUUGAGAUUGAAAGUUCAAUACUCGCAAAGUUAAUCAUACACACAUGUAUGAGUGCAGCUGGUACUGUUUCCUUAAGGACUCUUCUCUCUGUGAUACUUGAAUUUGGAAAUUAAAACAUAGAAAGACCGGGA